UGAAGGGGGGGCAAGCUCCCCGCUGGUGACUUUUCUCUGCCCCGGUGGAGGCCAGGGGAGAAAUGACCCAUGGCUGGGAGUAGACAAGGGGCAGAAGAGGAUGGGGGAAAGGGACCAGCCUGUGACCUCCCCACCUUUCAUGUGCCCCAGGGCCAGUGCUGCUUUCCCAGGGAUAGGUGAAUUCUAGUUCCAAAAGAGGGAUGGCAGGCAAGGAGUGCCUUGGUUGAAAAAAAGGUCAACUAGGAAAGGAAAUUAAAUUUGUCGAAUUUACUGAGCCCCUAACUUGAUCCCAACUAGUGCCCUGGGCAGAGGCAAUAAGAUGCAAGCGUCACUCUCAGGGACCUCACAACUGAGUCAGGGAGACUCAGAGUCCCAGUGUGACACACCGCAGGACUACAGCAGACAGGGACGGAGACUGAGGAGCAGGGGCCACCAGCUCUGCCUGCUAUGGUGUGCGGAAGGCUUCUAGAGAAGGUGACUUUUGACCAGGGUCUUGACGGGUGAGUAGGAGUUGGAAAGGUAGAGGGAGUUUGGAGAGUGCAUUCUGGGCCCCAAGCUGACUGGGAGGUGGCAAACAGCAGCACGCGUGUGGAAAAACUCAGCCGCGGCGGAAGUAUAGACGUCAGGGGUGGAAGACAAGCCUUCCGCUGGACACAGAGGCGCGUCGUACGUAAGGCCGAGAUGCGGCUGCUCCUGUUCGUGCCCCUGCUGCUGGCCCCGGCGCCCGGGUCCUCGGCUCCCCAGCUGAGGCAGCAGAGCGACACCUGGGGUCUCUGGGGCAACUGGAGCCCCUGCAGCCGGACCUGCGGAGGGGGCGUCAGCUUCCGGGAGCGCCCCUGCUACUCUCAGAGGGGAGAUGGGGGCUCCAGCUGCGUGGGCCCGGCCCGGAACCACCGCUCUUGCCGCACCGAGAGCUGCCCCGAGGGCGCCCGGGACUUCCGGGCCGAGCAGUGCGCGGAGUUCGACGGCCGCGAGUUCCAGGGCCGGCGGUACCGGUGGCUGCCCUACUACCGGGCCCCAAACAAGUGUGAACUGAACUGCAUUCCCGAGGGGGAGAGCUUCUACUACAAACACAAGGAGGCCGUGGUAGACGGGACGCCCUGUGAGCCGGGCAAACGGGACGUCUGUGUGGAGGGCAGCUGCCGGGUUGUUGGCUGUGACUACAACCUAGACUCGUCCAAGCAGGAGGACAAGUGUCUGCAGUGUGGGGGUGACGGCACGACCUGCUACCCUGUCACAGGCACCUUUGAGGCCAAUGACCUCAGCAGAGGUCAUGCCUCAGGGUGGAGGCCAAACCCUUUCCCAGGAGCCCAUGGACCACGCUGGUUAGGACCCACUUAUCCAGUCUCAUCUCAUACUGCUGCCACCUGGAUGCCCUUCUCGGCCCUUCCCCCAUUAUCCCCUCCCCCUCCCAGUCACUUUGGGUGCCCCAGCCUGCCCCUCACCCUGACCUUUGUAAAGCUGUUUCCUCCUUCAGGAACACUCUUCCCCAAACAGCCCAGCCCUCCCUGUGUCCUACUGGCCUGGCCCUUCCCUGACCCCCUCUGUGCUGCCGGGCACUUAGCAUCCUCAGGCAGCUCCUUCCUGUGGCUUGGGUGGUCCCAGAGCAUCUCUGCCCCCUCAGGCUACAACCAGAUCUUCAUAGUUCCCACGGGGGCCACCAGUGUCCUCAUUGAGGAGGCAGCUGCCAGCAGGAAUUUCCUGGCGGUGAAGAACAUCCGUGGACAGUACUACCUCAACGGGCACUGGACGGUCGAAGGUGCACGGGCCCUGCCAGUGGCCAGCACCUUCCUGCACUACGAGCGGGGCGCCGAGGGGGACCUGGCGCCUGAGCGGCUGCACGCGCGCGGUCCCACCUCAGAGCCCCUGGUCAUUGAGCUCAUCAGCCAAGAGCCCAACCCUGGUGUGCGCUACGAGUACUACCUGCCCUGGGGCGCCCCCCGGCCCGGCUUCAGCUGGAGCCACGGCUCCUGGAGCGACUGCAGCGCUGAGUGUGAUGGAGGUCACCAGUCCCGCCUGGUCUUCUGCACCUUCGACAACGAGGCCUACCCUGACCACAUGUGCCAGCACCAGCUGCGGCCGGCUGACCGCCGCCCCUGCAGCCCUCACCCUUGCCCGCAGACCAAGCGGACCUCUUACCUGUACCAGCCCAGGGCGUGGUGCCUAGCUGAGGCCCAGCGUGUGUGCGGGAACAGCUGGAAGACGGGGCCCUGGGCGCCCUGCUCAGCCUCUUGCGGAGGCGGCUCCCAGUCCCGUUCUGUCUACUGCGUCUCGUCCAGUGGGGCCGGUGUCCAGGAGGCUGCCGAGGAGGCUGCCGAGGAGGCUGAGUGCGCAGGCCUGCCUGGGAAGCCCCCUGCCACGCAGGCUUGCAAUCUGCAGCGCUGUGCAGCCUGGAGUGCGGGGCCCUGGGGAGAGUGCUCUGUCAGCUGCGGUGCAGGGGUCCGGAGGCGGAGCGUCACUUGCCAGGGUGACAAGGGGUCUCUGCUCCAUGCCACAGCAUGCUCCUUGGAGGACCAGCCCCCACUCACUGAGCCCUGUUUGCAUGACGACUGUCCCCCCAUCAACGACCAGGCCUGGCACGUAGGCGCCUGGGGUCUCUGCUCCAAGAGUUGCAGCUCGGGCAUGCGGAGGCGUCAAGUCCUCUGUACCAAGGGGCCGCCUGGCUACUGCAGGAGCCUGCAGCUGUCCAAGCCCGUGGACGUGGAGCCCUGCAACACGCAGCCCUGUCAUCUUCCUCCGGAAGUCCCCAGCACGCAGGACAUGCACAGCAGCCCCAGGGACUCCUGGAUGUCUUUGGGCCCUUGGGAGGCCCCCACCUCAGAAUCGAGAAACCAGUGGUGGGCACCCCAGGAGCGACCCUCAGCCCAGGGUAACCCCAGAAGAGAUCCAGACCCCCACCUCCCAGCCCUGGGCUUAGCCCCCUCCCUGCAGCCAUCCCCACACCGGCAGCCCCUGCGGUCUGGCCUGGGGCCCCGUGACUGCAGACACAGCCCCUACGGGUGCUGCCCUGAUGGCCACACUGCAUCUCUUGGGCCAGAGUGGCAAGGCUGCCCUGGGGCCUCUUGUCAGCAGAGCAGGUACGGGUGCUGCCCUGACGGGAUGUCUGUGGCUGAGGGGCCCCAUCAGGCUGGCUGUGCAAGGUCUUACGGCGGUGAUGCCAGGAACAGGCUGGGGUCAAGAGCAGUGGCUUCCACAGUCCCCAAGGCCCACUGGCCCCAGGCCCAGCAGAAUGAGCCUAGUGAGUGCCGGGGCUCCCAGUUCGGCUGUUGCUAUGACAACGUGGCCUCGGCAGCUGGCCCGCUUGGGGAAGGCUGUGUGGGCCAGCCCAGCUAUGCAUACCCCGUGCGGUGCCUCCUGCCCAGCGCCCAUGGCUCCUGCACAGACUGGGCUGCCCACUGGUACUUCAUUGCUUCCGUGGGCCAGUGUAACCGCUUCUGGUAUGGCGGCUGCCAUGGCAAUGCCAAUAACUUUGUCUCGGAGGAGGAGUGCAUGAGCAGCUGCCGGAGGCCCCAGCUUGGGCCUCACCGACCUGAGCCUGGAGCCUCUGGCCAGAGCACCCACAGAGAUGGUGGUGGCAGCAGUCCUGGAGGUCAGCAGGAAGCCAACCAGCACAGGAUGGAGGCCACAGUCCAGAGAAAGCCCUUCCCUUCUGGUGGCCGCCGGUGGCAAGACAGACAGCCUGGGCAGGAGGAGGCCCACCACACCCAGGCCUUUGGAGAACGACCCUGGGGCCAGGAGCUUGGGCCCAGUGCCCCUAGGCAGGGCGGAGAUGCCGGGCGGCCAGCGCCCCCCUCCCAGAGCUCCUCAUACAGGAUUACCUUGGCAGGCUCGGAGCUCUCCCCGGUGCAGGUGGCCCUGGGGCAGUUGGUACGGCUCUUCUGCCCAGAUGACCCCUCCCUGGAUUCCCAGGCCUGGUGGCAGAAAGAUGGGGGACCCAUCUCCUCUGACAGGCACAAGCUGCAGCCUGAUGGCUCCCUGGUCAUCAGCCCUCUGCGGGCAGAGGAUGCUGGCACCUACAGCUGUGGCGGGACCAGGCCAGGCGCUGACUCUCAGAAGAUCCAGCUUCAAAUCACAGGGGGUGACAUGGCUGUGCUGUCUGAGGCUGAGCUGAGGCACUUCCCUCAGACCAGGGACCCAGCCCAGGGCCGCAGUCCUCAGGACUCCAGCCUAGGGGGGGAUGCUGAGGGCCUGGGGGCCACUUCCUCCUCACACCCAUGGCCCACAACCAGGCUGCAUCUGGACCGGAACCAGCCUGGGGUGGUGGAUGCCCAUCCAGGCCAGCAGAUCCGGUUGAUUUGCCGUGCUGAGGGCUUCCCACCCCCAGCCAUCGAGUGGCAGAGAGAUGGGCAGCCCCUCUCUUCUCCCAGACACCAGCUGCAACCUGAUGGCUCUCUGGUUAUCCGCCACGUAGCCGUGGAAGAUGGUGGCUUCUAUGCCUGUGUUGCUUUCAACGGGCAGGACCGAGACCAGCGAUGGGUCCGGCUCAGAGUUCUGGGGGAGCUGACAAUCACAGGGCUGCCCUCUACUGUGACAGUGCCGGAGGGUGACACAGCAAGGCUGCUGUGUGUGGUGGCAGGAGAAAAUGUGAACAUCAGAUGGUCCAGGAAUGGGCUGCCGGUAUGGGCUGAUGGCCACCGUGUCCACCAGUCCCCCGAUGGCACACUGCUGAUCCACAACCUGCGGGCCAGGGAUGAGGGCUCCUACACGUGCAGUGCCUACCGUGGAAGCCAGGCAGUCAGCCGCAGUACCGAGGUGAAGGUGGUCCCGCCGGCACUGGCCGCCCAGCCGAGGGACCCUAGCAGGGAGUGCAUCGACCAGCCGGAGCUGGCCAACUGUGAUUUGAUCCUGCAGGCCCAGCUCUGUGGCAAUGAAUAUUACUCCAGCUUCUGCUGUGCCAGCUGUUCCCGUUUCCAGCCUCAUGCCCAGCCCAUCUGGCAGCAGGGAUGAAGGCUAGCUCCAGCUCCAAUUCUGAAACAACUAGUAGGGCUGGGAAGAAGGCAAGAUAGAUUCUUGGUCACCCCUCUCUGGCUGUCAGAGAGAGUUAUCUUCUGGAGACAAUGGCCCUUUCACACACACCCAACCCCUACCCAGUGUUUGGCCACAGCAGCAGCAGCCUCUCUCUGUAGUCCCCAGCAGUGUUUGCAUCUCUGACAUAACCACAGGUGGCUGCUGAGUUGUCAAGAAGAGGAAUCUGUUUGGAUAAGGACACCCUAUACUUUCUAACUUCCCUCUAUAAUUUCUGAUACACAGGAUCAGUUCACCAUGUUUUAAAGCAAGCUACCAGGGUUCUCACUUCAUUUAAAGCUGGAUGGGGAGGUGUGUAAUGCUUUCAAAGUUAACACGUAUCUCAUAGGGGAAUACCGGCUCCUGCUGUGUCAGGGAAGUAUUCUUUGACCUCAGAUGAGAUCUAGUUCUAGCAAACAGUGGUCCAUUGCUCCAGUCUCUCUCACCGUUCUAGGAAGUAUAGCAAUCAGCUUCAAAUCCCAUGUGUGUGUACAGUUAAAAGCACGAUGUUUGUCAAAGCUCUCAGCAAAGUGGAAUGUAAUGUAAGGCUCAGCAUAGGGACUUGGGAUGAAAGAGCAGCAGUUGUAUUAUUAUCUCAGCAAGAAAGAACUGGAAAAACUCCUUACUGUCAUCAGGAAGCUGCAGCCUGAAGCCCUCCUCCUGAGGCCGACAUGCAGAACCUGGCUGUGAGGAUCCUCUCAGACCUGUAUUGAGCUGAUGGGCCUGCUCUGUACAGUGACCAACGAGGAGCCUCUCCUCCUCAAGUAGGAAUCUGUGAAGCAAAAUGUUUGCUGCCAGAUAAAAACCAAACUAUUAUUAAAAACAGCAUCAGCAGGAUGGGGGGACCAAUGGAGGGAAGGGCAAAUGUAAUACCAGGGAAGUGGUUUCAGAAAUGGUUUGUUGGAGGAAGUCGUUCUUCAUCUCUCAGAACCUCCAACUCCUUGCUGUAAAAUAAGAGGCCUGGAUUCAAUGAG